AUGGAGGGUUCCCUUAGAAGAGGAGGAGUUGGUGGAAUGAUGUCUAAACCACAAACUCCGAGGUCGAGCAAUAAGACGGCAAGAGAUUUGCGGUCGAGCGAGGGAAGUUUUAGCGGAAAGCACGAUAAGGAUAAGGAUAAAGGUGUGAACGUGCAGGUUGUUGUGCGAUGCAGGCCAUUGACUGAGGAUGAGACAAAAUUGCGUACACCUGUGGUGAUUUCUUGCAAUGAAAGCAGAAGAGAAGUUUGUGCAAUUCAGAAUAUUGCUAAUAAGCAGAUGGAUAGGACUUUUACAUUUGACAAGGUUUUUGGCUUAUCAUCCCAACAAAAGGAUUUAUACGAUGAGGCUGUGUGCCCCUUAGUAUUUGAAGUUAUUGAAGGCUACAAUUGCACUAUCUUUGCGUAUGGUCAGACCGGAACCGGAAAGACCUACACAAUGGAGGGUGGAGCAAGAAAAAAGAACGGUGAAUUCCCGAGUGAUGCAGGUGUGAUCCCAAGGGCUGUGAGGCAAAUAUUCGAUAUCUUGGAGGGUCAGACGAGCGAGUACAACAUGAAGGUCUCUUUCCUAGAGUUGUACAACGAGGACAUAACCGACCUUUUGGCACCUGAAGAAUUUUCGAGAUCCAAAUUAGCACUUAUGGAGGACGGUAAAGGUGGAGUUGUAAUCAGGGGAUUAGAGGAGGAGAUUGUGACCUCUGCAAAUGAAAUAUACAAAAUAUUGGAGAAAGGUUUGGGUAAGAGGAGAACAGCCGAAACUCUUCUCAACAAACAAAGCAGUCGUUCUCAUUCCGUAUUCACAAUUACCAUUCAUAUCAAGGAGUCUACUCCAGAAGGAGAGGAGUUGAUCAAAUGUGGCAAGCUUAAUUUAGUAGACCUUGCUGGCUCUGAAAAUGUCUCGCGUUCUGGGGCAAGAGAGGGAAGAGCGAGAGAAGCAGGUGAGAUCAACAAGAGUUUGCUAACACUUGGUAGAUGCAUAAAUACAUUAGUUGAACACUCGGGACAUAUACCAUUUAGAGACAGCAAGUUAACAAGGUUGUUGAGAGAUUCUCUUGGAGGGAAAACAAAGACUUGUAUAAUUGCCACAAUAUCACCUUCCAUCCAUUGUUUGGAAGAGACACUCAGCACCUUAGAUUACGCUCACCGUGCCAAAAACAUAAAGAAUAAACCAGAGAUCAAUCAGAAGAUGAUGAAAUCAGCUGUAAUCAAAGAUUUGUAUUUUGAAAUUGAUCGCCUAAAGCAAGAGUUAUUUGCCGCACGGGAGAAAAAUGGGAUCUACAUCCCAAGAGAUCGAUAUCUCCAGGAAGAGAUAGAGAAAAAGGCCAUGACCGAAAAGAUAGAGCGCAUAGAUAUCGAGUUAGAAUCCCGGGAUAAGCAUUUACAAGAGGUCCAGGAAUUAUACAAUUCUCAACAUCAUCUUUAUGUUGAACUAACUCUUAAACUUGAAAAUACAAAGGAAAGGCUACAGGAAACUCAGGAUUCAUUGCUUGAUCUCGAAGAAAGGUGUAGGAAGGCAAAUGCAACAAUAAAAGAAAAGGAAUACUUGAUAUCCAAUCUUCUAAAAUCUGAGAAAGCACUUGCUGAUCGAGCUCUUGAGCUCCGAGCAGAGUUAGAGACUGCUGCCUCAGAUAUUUCAAACUUGUUCACCAAGAUUGAUCGAAAGGAGAAAAUCGAAGAUGGUAAUAGAGCUCUUUUACAAAGUUUUCAAUCCCAAUUAGAUCAACAAAUGGACAUCUUGCAUAAAUUUGUAGCAUCAUCAACCACACAACAAGAACAACAACUUAAAGAGAUGGAAAAAGACAUGCAUUUAUUUGUGUCUACAAAGACAGAGGCAACUAAAGAGCUUCGAAUUUGUCUAGAAAAUAUGAAAACCAUGUACGGUACGGGAAUUAGAGACUUAGAUGAUUUAGCUAAAGAGCUUGAUAUUACCUCCCAGUCAGCAUUCAGUCAUCUGGAUCAUGAAGUUUCCCAUCAUUCCUCGUCUUUGGAAGAGCUCUUUAUGGGACUCACAUUAGAGGCUGAUAUUUUGCUUCGUGAUCUUCAAGAAAAUCUAAUUUGUCAGGAAAACAAGUUAACUGCAUAUGCAGCACAACAACGUGCGGCUCAUACCAAAGCUAUUGAAUCCACCCAAUCAAUUGCUCAAAUUACUAUAGACUUGUUCAAGAAUUUAAGUGAGCAUGUUUCAAAGGUGGAUGAAAUCAUGAAAGAAGAACAAACAACAAAUGAAUAUAAGUUGUCUGAACUUGAAAAGAAGUUUGAGGAGUGUACUGCCCUUGAAGAAAGGAAACUACUGGCAACUUUGGCUGAAUUAGUUGCAGACUCAAAUGCUAGAAAGAAGAAAUUGGUUGAAUGUGAAAUUGGUAGAAUUCGAGAAAGUAUGGCUAUUAGAACGAAGAAACUACAACAAGAGAUGUCAAUCAUGCAAGGCACCACUUCAUCAGUUAAGGCAAAAUGGAUAGAUUACACUAAAGGGGCCGAAUCUCGUUAUCUUGAAGAUGCAACUUCAGUUGAAAGUGGGAAAGAAGAUAUUAAACUUGUCCUACAUAAAUGUUUGGAACAAGUAAAAGAUGGGGCACAACAAUGGAACAAGGCUCAAGAGUCCCUACUUAGUCUAGAGAAGAAGAGUGUUGGUUCAGUGGACGAAAUAGUUAGGGAAGCAAAGGACAAGCUUCAAGUUUUACGAGGACAACUAUGGUCGACCGUCAAUUCAAUAGAGGAAGAUGUCGAUACUGAGAACAAAAAGCUAAUAUCCUCCAUGAACAGUUCAUUACAACUUGACCACGAGGCAUGUGAGAAACUCGAGUCCAUUAUUAGCCCUUGUCGUGGAGACCUGAGGGAUCUCGACAACGCACAUCACCGAAAGAUUGUGGAAAUCACAGAAAAUGCAGGAAAAUGCCUCAUUCAAGAUUACAAGGUGGAUCAACAAUCAUGCUCGACCCCACCUAAGAGAUCGAUAAAUCUCCCGACCACUCUUUCCAUUGAGAUACUCAAAACGCAGUCCUUUGAAGAACUGCUUGGGAGUUUUCACAGUGAAAAAUCACCUAGACAACCAAAUGGGAAAGCUGAGCAUGUUAUCGAAAAUAACCUCACAUAUCUCACGGACGUCAAUUAA